UUGCUCCGUGGACUGCCUUGCUGUUAUCGAUCCCAAGCCUGAAUAAACCACCCUUUAAGUAUAUUUCCUUUUGUUGAGCCUGCAUUUGUGUCCUGCCCUCGUCCAGUCCUGACAGAACGAACGAGCCAGACAUGGACGCAGCGGGCUCGAAUCCGGUCGCCAGGAAUCAAGACGCUGAUACAAUCAAGAGGAUUUUUGAUGACCUUCAAUUUUUUUUUUAUUUGUUUUCGUGACUGUUUCUCUCCAAAAGAGAAAUUUGAUUAUCUUGAGCAGGCAUGGGAAAUCGUGGAAGCCAAUGAAUGGCUUUAUGAACGCUUCCCUGAUCUGCAGGACCUGGACACGAUUUUUUCUGGCACUAAACUUCCUGACUGGAUAAAACAUCCAGAGGCCCACCCGUGUUCACAGCCCCUGCCUGUCGAUGAUGACGCUGAAUGAAGCAAUUGUGAUGAUGAUGACGAAAACAAUUCGUCGGAGUCAGAGCAGUUUGUAGUACAGGACUCGGUAAACGUAUUGUUCAAGGUACAGGACUUGUUUUAUAAAUACCAUGACAAUCUGAGUCCACAGAACCGACGUCGCGUUCUGUCGGACCUUGAUCAGCUGUUACAAGCCGAGCCUGACGUGGUUCGCUCCUUUCCUGACCUUGAGAACAUAAAGGCUCAGUUUAAGCAGGGCCUUCUUCCGCCAUGUAUCGAAGAUCCAAUAGAGUUCAUGUUUGAAUCAGACAUCACCGCAGCCUGUUCGACCGCACCACGGCACAUAACGAUAUCAGACGCAGCCUGAUGUGCAUCAGGAAAAGAACCGGCUGCACCUGCAAAACCGAAGACACCGGGACCACGGCCACGCUCAACACCCAUGCAAGUCCCUUCACGAGCACCACCUCAGUCCGCACCACGAACGACUCACGUGGCUUCCAUACGCUCACUUCGGACCGAAGCGGAGCCGGCCUCCUCAUGCCCGACUUCCCAACAUCUCCGGGCCACGACAACGGCUGUUCUCAGCCUUCCUCCUGUUCCAGCUCCUCGACAGCCCUGCGCGCCUGUGCCACCGAAGACCGUGCGCUUCGCACCUGCAGCUGCUCCAGUCUCCACGCCAGCGGCACCAGCGACGCUUCCAUCCGGCCCGGUCUCCAUGCGCACUGCACCAGCGACUGGAGCAAUCUCCGCACCUGCGGCACCUCCCGCCGAACCAGUCUCUGUGCGCAUCACUCCAGCGGUUGCUCCAGACUCCACGCCAGCUGCACCAGCGGCUACUCCAGUCUCCAUGCCAGCGGCACCAGCGACGCUUCCAGCCGGCCCGGUCUCCAUGUGCACUGCACCAGCGACUGGAGCGAUCUCCGCACCUGCGGCACCUCCCGCCGAACCAGUCUCUGUGCGCAUCACUCCAGCGGUUGCUCCAGACUCCACGCCAGCUGCACCAGCGGCUGCUCCAGUCUCCAUGCCAGCGGCACCUGCGACGCUUCCAGCCAGCCCGGUCUCCAUGCGCAAUGCGCCAGCGACUGGAGCAAUCUCCGCACCUGCGGCACCAGCGACUGCUCCAGACUCCACGCCCACGGCUGCAUUGGACUUUGCGCGCACCACGCCAGCACCUGUUCCAGCGCACGCCGCACCACAACCAGUCUCAAGGCCAGACGGUGCGUCGUUCGCACACAUGCCGUCGGAACCUUCCCCUCCUGCGCCUCCUCAUCCUGCUCCAGCUUCACUGUCGGCACAGAAGAUGACGAUCGAGGACGCAAACCUGGAGAUGCUCCAGCAGAGUUUGUUCAGCCUCCACAGUCCAUUGCAAGGCCUGUCGGCACCACUGCCAUUUUCACCUGCCAAGCACAGGGCCAGCCUGAACCACAGCUCACCUGGUUGAAGAAUGGGCAAGUACUGGAGCCUGGGGGACAUGUGAAACUCAGAAACAACAACAGAACAUUGACGAUAUACAGUGUCAGCCAGGAUGACGAGGCUAUCUACCAGUGCAUCGCUGAGAAUAGUGCUGGUUCCACACAGGCCAGUGCACGCCUCACAGUGCUCUGGGCAGACGGCCUGCCCGGUAUGCCCACACACGUGCAGGCUGAGGCCCUCUCACCAACAACCAUUCAGAUAUCCUGGAGGGAACCUGAUCAAAACACUCAUGAUAUCAUCGGAUAUGUGCUGCACUUCCGCAGGACCUCAGACCCUUUGGAAAUGGAAUAUGAGGAGGCCGUCAGUAAAAUGACACUGCAGCACGCCAUAAGAGAUCUUGAGCCUUCCACCAGUUAUACCUUUUAUGUCAAGGCCUAUACCUCCCACGGAGCGAGCAAUCCCUCUGACAGUGUCAUUGAGAGCACUCUCGGGGAGGUGCCAGCACCUCCUUCCCUCUACACCAAGGUGGUGAACAGCAGCAUGGUACAAGCAGUGUGGGAGCCUUCCCUAAAGAUGGGCCAGCACCAAGGAUUCAAACUGUAUUACAGAAGAGCUCAUGCACCAUAUUUCACUGGUCCUAUUACAUUCCCUCGCAACAUCACCCAGUACAACAUCACUCAGCUGGAUCCUGCACUGGUAUAUGAGAUAAAGCUGCUGGCCUACAACCAACAUGGAGAUGGAAAUGCCACCAUGCGAUUUGUUUCACUGAGGGAGACGGUGGAGAAAUCUGUAUCAGACACCCCGUGUGACUGUGUGAAAGAUCAGCAGAGCAAAACAUCCACAACAGGCAUCAUCAUCGGAAUUCACAUCGGACUCACCUGCAUCAUUUUCUGCAUGCUCUUCCUCGUGUUCAGCUACCGGGGCAGGCUAAUGAUGUGUAAGACAGUUCAGGCCACACCUCAGGCAGGUCCCAGGGCAGCGCUGGAAUCCUCAUCCUCUUCCCAGGGGGCCUCUGGCCUGAACAGGACUUCCAGAAGAGAGAUGGAGGUCAAUGGCAUCACAGCAGGGAGGAAAGUAGUCGAAAGCAAUGAGCUUCAGAGACUUUUCUCCCAUCACAAUACACAAGAAAACUGCAUGUCUGACAGCAGCCUUGUUGCCUGUGUGCUGAAUGACACCCAGCUGUCUACCAUCCCGCUGGAUGAGUUCACGUUGGAGCGUGACACGGAGACACAGUUCCACGAGCCUCCUCCAGCAGAAACGGGUCAACAGGGCCAAGGUUAAUCAUGUAUGAAGGCCAAUUCACACGACGCUGUCUACAGUGUCGACACAGACUCAAAACUCACUCAGGUUGACAAAUGUUCAUUUCAAAGUAGUUUUCUUUUUUUUUUGGUGAAAGAUUGUGUGGUUUUUGCCUCUUUUUAUUGGUAAAUUAAGACGUUCUUGGAGAUAUUGGACUGUUCGUUGGAGUGACUUGGCCUGGGUUUGGAGAGCUUUCUUUGGAUGGACAGCUGUUUUUAGUUCAGCAGGCCAUUUAAAUGUUAUUUUUACAUAAUUGUUCAUUUUCUGGUGUUUGGUAGCACAGAGAAUAGAGGUCCCAGAAUGUCCUUAUUAUACAAUGAUGAUUUUAUUUUUAGGUUUAUAAAUAUAUAUAUACAUAUAUAUAUCUUUAUCAUGGAUACGUGAAAGUGGUUCUAAGUUAUUGGUCUUACCUCUACUCUUCUGUGGAUGUCAGACUCCGGCUGCCUGUUCUCACCCAACCAAUGAUUCCACCUUCUCGGUUGCAGAAGACUUUGGUCUUCCUCCAGGGAUUCAGUAUCUUCUGUCUCAGGACUUUGUUUCAGUAAUACCAACAUUUGUUCUUAGUUUUUGGCCUUCAUACAGGCACUAGACCUGGCUGUGUGAAUCUUAUUGUUCAACAAAAACCUACCUCAGCUGGAAUGAAUGUGUUGUGGGAAGCUUUUUGGGACUUUACCUUCCCUGAGCUCACAAUUACUUUACAUGCAGAGGAACUGAUUGGUUGGAAGAUUGAGAUCAGGUGCUACACUACCUCAGAUGUCAAGAAACGUCUCUCUUUUUCCUGCUUGUAAGAGCGGAAACAAAACGAGUAUCCAACAUGAAGCACUUCCAAAUGCUGAAGUUAAUGUUCUACCUCAAGAUAACAAAUGUUAAUGUUGUCACUGUUGUUGUUGUCUGUCUGUUUAUUGCGUAUGGAAAAGCUUUCUUUUCCCUCUGAUAUCCUGGCUUCCCACCAUUGAUGAAAACGUGUUUGUAGAUAAAUCGGUACCUCAUACAAAGUGACAGACUUCUAACACUGUUGUAAGAAUUACAGUAUGUAUGGAAUAUGUGUUAAACAUGUUGAUGUGUUAUUAUUUUUCUAGAUUUAAUUUCAUUUAAAGGUCCAUAAUAUGUUUUUAAGCUUAGUUUGCCAAGUUGAAUGAAAUGAUUGUUAGAGAUAUUCGCCACUUGCUAAUGACGUUAGCUGCGAAAUGAACAAAUUUUUUUAACAGGAGGUGGCAUGUACAAUACAAACAUCAUAUGUGUAUCAGUCAGUGCUGUGAAUGAAAGUGUACAUCAUUUAUAAAGUGUGUAUUUGUGGUUCUCA